AUGACCUCUCGUGGCUCACUCAAGGCCACCAUUGUCGGCAUUCUUGGUCGAGCCCCUGCCAUUGCCCCUCCCUUGGAGGCACAGUGGGUUGAGGAGCGAGCAGCUGUCAUCCAAGACCUUCGUCCUCUACAAGUACCAACACAAGAUGAGAGAACCCGCCUCCACGCUAUGCCAACAGAAGUCCUUCGAAACAUCGCACGAUACCUCCCACCAUCAUUCGAAGUAGCUCUGACCUUGACCUGUCGUCUGAUACUCCAUAAAUUGGGUAGUCAGUCCUGGCAAGAUAUCCAUGGCCCUAUAUCCCCUAACCACGAGCUCUACUGGGAAUGGGGCCGUUACUCAUACAAGCCGGAGCGAGGAAUGCUUCUUGUUCUGUUGGACCGCGACAUCAAACACCUCAUCAACUGCUACUUCUGUGAGCUCUUGCAUGAGCCAGCCAAGACUAUGCCAGCACCAGGAAGCAAAGCCAAACCAACAGAACGAUACUGCACAAGAAUCCAGAGGAAUCGACGAUUUGACGGAACUCAUCAACACUUCUUCCAUGUCCUCGAUGACAUCACAUUCUCCGAAAUCCAACAUUCCAUGAAGCUCCAUCUUCGAUUUGGCAGUGGCUGCACCGAUCUGCUUCAACGGCUUUCGAAAACGUCCACUACCCGAAGCCUCCACCGGAAUUCUGCAUCCGCCCAACUGUUCACCCUCGCUCGAGUCAUCGCCGGUCACCUCGUCAUCCGGUCUGAAUAUUACAUCCUCUUACCCUGGUGGAAAGUCAGAUACACGGAUGACAACAUCUUCGAAGUCUUCCAAGCGCUGAAUGUCUGCCCCCACAUCCAUGAAUUCUCGUACAACGGCGCCAUCCGCAAUCUAUGGUUGUGCAGCAAGCUUCACAGCGAACAAAGCAAUUGCCGAUUCUGCGCCAUCAGGAAGAACGCCCCAAAUCGCGGUGUCCCUCGUUUCGUCGCCGCGCCUUGGCGCCAGAGCUGCGAGUAUUGUCACACCGAAUUCCAGAUCGACGUUGCGGCGGCGGGGGUGAAGGGGCUCGCGAUCGCUUUCACUGUUUGGCAAGACUUUGAAGACUGUACUUCGCCGCAUGAGACAAUCUGGAGGGGCGAUUCCUGGGCCUCUGAGGGCUGGCGGUAUGCAGAUUUCGAGGGGGGAAGUAUUAAGGCGGGAUUUGAGGGGCAGGUUGCUUCUUCCAAUGUACCCAACCAUCUGAGAACUUUGCCAGACAGGCCGGUGAAGGAAUGGGGUUGCUUUCUUAAUGUUAAAUGA